AGAGAGUCAGUGACUCAGUGAGGUACGAACAAUUUAAAAGAAGACCAACAAAACACGCAAGAAAAUCCUCACAUUCCCACCAGGGAGGCAGCUUCCUUGCUUCGUGUUCUCUGGUUUCCAAGUUAACUCCAAGAAAAAGUCAGUGAGAGUGGCGAAGACAGCCUCCAGGUGGGACCCACACCACGCGGCAGAAGACUGAAAGACACGACCAAAGUGUGAACUUCCACAGUUUCACCCCACCCCCACUAACGCGCACUCUUUCCAGUCUCAAACAGUAAUAACUCUCUCAACUUGCUACAUCUGCAGAAUUGACUUGACUUGCUUGACCUCCUUCCUGCUAUCUCUCACCCUUUUAAGUUUUCCUUCUCUGUUUUUGUUUUACUUCUUCCUUACCUCUCUUUUUCCCUCUGCGAUGGCUCCUCUUUCUUUGUUUUCCUUGCUUCUUUCUUUCCUUCUAUUUCUUUCGCCGGCCAUUUCAACCAACUCCGAAGGAAAUGCUUUGCAUGCUUUGAGAAGCAGGCUUUCUGACCCCACCAAUGUGUUGCAGAGUUGGGACCCUACUCUUGUCAAUCCCUGCACCUGGUUUCAUGUCACCUGUGAUUCUAACAAUCAUGUUAUUCGUUUGGACUUAGGGAACUCUAAUAUCUCUGGGAUUUUGGGGCCUGAGCUAGGUCAACUCCAACAUCUGCAGUACUUGGAGCUUUAUAAAAAUGACAUACGAGGGAAAAUUCCCAAGGAGUUGGGUAAUCUGAAGGACCUUGUUGGCAUGGAUUUGUAUGGUAACAAGUUUGAAGGAGAAAUACCUAAGUCUUUCGCCAAACUGAAGUCACUGAGAUUCCUUCGUCUUAACGACAACAAGCUAACGGGAUCAAUUCCAAGGGAGCUCACUACCCUCUUAAACCUUAAAGUAUUUGAUGUUUCUAAUAAUGAUCUCUGUGGAACAAUUCCAGUUGAUGGCCCUUUUUCAAUGUUUUCACUGCUAAGCUUUGAAAACAACAAGCAUCUUAAUGGACCGGAGCUGAAAGGACUUGUGCCUUAUGACUUCGGCUGCUGAAGAAGCUACUGUUCUUCGAAGGAACUUUGAUGGAAGUAAAAUUGUAAUGCCAUAUCUUAUGAUGUAGCAAUGGGACUGCCUGCUAUUUCUAUGUAGUUUAGUUUGAUAGUGGUGUUCUUUUACCUUUAUAGCCUGCAGAAUAAAAUGAUCUGAGUUUUAUAACCUCAAGUUUUGCAGAGAAAUAUCUUUGUUGGAAUCGGUCAUGAUAUCAAUAUAAUUCUGACAUCUUGAACCUCA